AUGAGUGCAACAGCAAAGACAACGACAGGAGCAGCAAGUAUUGGCGACAAUCUAUCACAUCAAAGACCAUUGAUUACUGCUGCAUGGGUAGAUCAAAGUAUAGGUGAAGCAGGACAGCAUAAAUACAUAAAAGAUCGUUUCGAAACACUUUCACCGUUUAUUUCAAAAUGGUUAUAUUUUGAUUCAUCUGAUGAAUUUACAUCUUAUAUUGAAAGUAAUUCUAAUAUGCGAAUGAUGAGUGUCAUGUCUGGUGGAAUAUCUCGUUUAUUAGUACCAAGAUUAUCAUACCAUGCUGCUUUACAUAUUGUUUACGUAUUUUGUGUUGAUGUCGAACGAGCACGAAAAUCAAUGGAAAGUGAAACUAAAGUUAAAGGUAUAUUUACAAUUGAAGAUGAAGUAUAUGAACAAAUGGCUAAUGAUUUAUCCAAAUUAUUAGUUGAAGAAGGAAUAGCAUUAGCUGGAUUAGAUCAACGAAGUCAAGCAAAAUUGUAUUAUGAAGAAGCAAAACGAUUGUUAAGAACGGAAGCAAAAAGUGUGGAUGAAAACGAAAGGAAAAAAAGAACUGAAGAAAUCAAUAUACGAAUUGAGCAAUUACUUGCAUAA